GCAGAGGGAUGCUGAUGGACCAGUGAGUCUGGAAACCCCCGCUCACACACCGACUGCAGUGAGUCUCCCUCAAGCUGAAAGCAUCUGUGCUACAUCUCUCUCUCUCUCUCUCUCUCUCUCUGUCUCUCUCUCUCUCUCUUUCCUGUCUGUCCUCCUCCUCUCUUCGCCUCCUCUCCUCACUCGCCCAGCAUCUCUCCGUCCUCCACAGCUCAGCCUGACUCACUCGAUUCUCCUCCUCUUCCUCCUUUCAUUCGAGCCAAGCCGAGAGACACGACCCGGGAUCAUGUCCUCCAACGUGCCCUCCGGGACCGCAGCCGGUGGCUCCGGGGUCAAAAGCAAGCCUCUUUCCCCUUUUAAGAAGCGGGGCAGCCUGCAGUACACAGCCAGCACAGUUGAACUUCGUGGCCCUCGCCGACUUCUCACUUCCCAGCAUUCCUUGCCUGGGAUCCCAGUGGCCCUGAAACAAUCCAUCGACCUCCGCACCUCCAUGGACGGGAAAUACAAGGAGAUAGCUGAGGAGCUGUUCUCCCGCAGCCUGGCGGAGAGUGAGAUGCGGAGCGCCCCCUAUGAGUUUCCAGAGGACAGCCCCAUCGAACAGCUGGAGGAGAAACGCCAUCGCCUUGAGCGGCAGAUAAGUCAGGAUGUCAAGUUCGAACCAGAUAUCCUCCUCCGAGCCAAACAGGAGUUUAUGAAGACAGACAGUGCCACAGACCUGGAAUUCAUGAAGGAGCAAAGCCAGGUUCCUAAUCAGCUGGAGAGAGACGUGGUCCCAGAGAGGGAGUAUCAGAGGGUCACUAUUUCCGGAGAGGAGAAAUGUGGGGUUCCCUUCACAGAUCUGCUGGACGCUGCCAAAUGUGUGGUGAAGGCUCUGUUCAUCAGACAAAAGUACAUGGGUCUGUCGCUGCAGAGCUUCUACAGGACCACGGCUCGCUACCUGCAGGAGCUGAGCGAGAGACCGCUCUACUUGGACAUCUACGAGGAGGAAGAGGAGCUGGCAGAGACCACCGAGACCAGCAUCACCGCAGAUACCACGGUGCACCCACCUGCUUCUGACACGCACCCGUACGAGAACCGGGACCCCGCCAGCAUGGCCCCCGAUGUGGGUUACAGCUGUAAGAUGGUGAACGGCGUCAUGCACGUGUACACCAGCAGGGACGUUAUGGAAAAGAGCACAGAGCUGGACCUGCCGUACCCAGACCUGCAGGAGUACAUCGCUGAUAUGAACGUCAUGAUGGCCCUCAUUAUUAAUGGACCCGUAAAGUCGUUUUGCUAUCGUCGGCUUCAGUAUCUCAGCUCCAAAUUCCAGAUGCACAUCCUGCUGAAUGAGAUGAAGGAGCUUGCAGCACAGAAAAAGGUUCCCCACAGAGACUUUUACAAUAUCCGUAAGGUAGACACUCACAUUCACGCUUCGUCUUGUAUGAACCAGAAGCAUCUUCUUCGUUUCAUCAAAAGAGCCAUGAAGAAAUAUCCAAAAGAGAUUGUGCAUGUGGAGAAAGGCAAAGGUCAGACUCUCAUGGAGGUGUUCGAGAGCAUGAACCUGACCGCCUUUGACCUUAGUGUGGACACUCUGGACAUGCAUGCCGACCGCAACACCUUCCAUCGGUUUGACAAAUUCAACGCUAAAUAUAAUCCCAUUGGUGAAUCCAUCCUGAGAGAGAUCUUCAUCAAAACCGACAACUACAUCGAAGGGAAGUACUUCGGUCACAUUAUAAAGGAAGUGAUGGCGGACCUGGAGGAGAGCAAGUACCAGAACGUGGAGCUCCGGCUGUCUAUCUACGGCCGCUCCAGAAACGAGUGGGACAAGCUGGCCAAGUGGGCCGUCAGACACCAGGUCUACUCCAACAACGUGCGGUGGCUCGUACAGGUGCCACGACUGUUUGAUGUCUACCACACAAAGAGACAGCUGUCCAACUUCCAGGAAAUGCUUGAGAAUAUCUUCAGGCCUUUGUUUGAGGUCACAAUCAAUCCUGGCAGCCACCCAGAGCUGCACCUCUUCCUUCAGCAUGUUGUUGGCUUUGACAGUGUGGACGAUGAAUCCAAACCAGAGCAACAUAUCUUCAACCUGGACAGUCCGCUGCCAGCCAACUGGACGGAGGAGGACAACCCACCAUAUUCCUACUACCUCUACUAUAUGUAUGCAAACAUGACAGUGUUGAAUCACCUGCGCAGGCAGCGCGGCUUUCACACUCUUGUUCUGCGGCCUCACUGUGGGGAAGCCGGGCCGAUCCAUCACCUGGUGUCUGGGUUCAUGCUGUCGGAGAACAUCUCCCAUGGGCUGCUGCUCAGAAAGGCUCCGGUGCUGCAGUACCUGUAUUAUUUGGCUCAGAUUGGCAUCGCCAUGUCUCCUCUCAGCAAUAACAGCCUGUUCCUCAGCUACCACCGCAACCCUCUGCCAGAGUACCUGUCUCGAGGACUCAUGGUCUCUCUGUCCACAGACGAUCCUCUGCAGUUUCACUUUACCAAGGAGCCACUGAUGGAGGAGUACAGCAUCGCUGCUCAGGUGUGGAAACUGAGCUCAUGUGACAUGUGUGAGUUAGCCAGGAACAGCGUCUUAAUGAGCGGAUUCUCUCACAAGAUGAAGAGUUACUGGCUCGGCCCAGACUACAUCACAGAAGGCCAGGAGAGCAACGACAUCAGGCGCACCAACGUCCCCGACAUCCGCGUGGCGUACCGCUACGAGACCAUGUGUGAGGAGCUGAAUUUGAUCACGCAGGCCAUCCGCACAGAUGAGCUGGAGACCAUAGAGGAGGAGGGGGCAUUGAGCAUGGGAGCGGUGCAGGCGGAGAAGUGAACGUGCAGCACAGACGGCUCAGCACACAGGCCACGUUUCCACAUCUGGAUGUUGUACACGUUUGCAUAGAAACACAUCACUUGUGAAAGAAAAGAAGAACCUUCCAUAUGGGAUGAUUACGAGCUGCUAACAUCAUAAAUUAAAACCUGUGUAUCUUCAGUUUUCUUCCUUUAGUUUCCCGGAGUUGUUUGUUUUGUUCCUGAUGCUUUUUUUUCCAAAAUGUCUCUUGACUACGUCCUUCUAAGAGUAUCAUAGACUGUUACCAUAUUCUGUCACCAUUUACUGUAUGUCCAGUGUCUGUAACUGCUUGCACAUUUUCAAAAAUAUCAUGAAUAAUAAACAGGAUCCAAGAUUGACUGUGAAAAGAGAAAUAAUUUAAACAACAUACAGAGCUGCAUUUAGGAUCAGGUUACUUGGUUACUUUUUUUUUUUGGCUAUUUAGGAGGUUUGAAAAUGUUCUUUUUUUUCUUUUUUUUAUCUAUGUUAGUCCUUCAUUAGUUGUUGGGUCUUGCAGCCACUGCUCCAGCUACAUUAAACCUAUAAUAACAUAAGUUAAAGAAGCGAAUAGAUUUACCAUCUCUGAAAUCUUACAGACAGCAGAAAAAGCGAUAGUAGAGCCAUCUGCAGAGUCUGCAAACCUGACAGUAUCUGUCAAUUGAAAAAAAUAUAUAUUUAUAUACAAAAUAUUACGCACUGGUAAACACUGUUUACUAAUCAAACAGUGCCCAAGACGUCAGAAACUAGUUGGGCUCAGAAGGAUUUUAUUUCACGGUAUGCGAGUAAAAGGGGUUAAAUACAAUAGCAAGUCACAAUUUUCAGAUUUCAUGUUUGAGGCUGUAACAUGAGAAACUCAAAAAAAAGCUAAGCAGUGUAUUCCUAAGACUUAAUGCGGGAAUAUACAUAAAAUUCCUGCACUUACAAUAACAAUGUGUGGACCAAUGUUAAACUUCAGAAUGCCAAUUAGAACAUAAAGAUGGACUUAAUGUUUUAACAUCAUUAGACAGUUCAUAGAUUACCAUUUUGAAACCUUAAUUUUUGGUAGGUGGGUUUUGGUCCCUCUGCAAAGUGACCACAUAAUUUUUCUCUACAUUAAAAAAGCUGUGGGUGGAUAUUCUGUCAAACAAAGUUGGAUCUGUCUUGAAAAACAGAAAUCCAUUUAAAGGGAACUUAGGUAAAAGAUUAGCGAAACAAAAUCUUGUUUUCUAUGUAGUUUGCAUGUGGUCUCUGUGCUCUCUGAAUACUCUUGUCCUAAACGUGCAUGUAAGACUUAUUGGUGACUAAACCACCUUAAGCUGUGUCUGCAUGGUUGUUUGCCUUCAUCGCUUACCCCAUUGUGGAGUUGGAAUAGGCUCCAACAUGGAAGCAUCUCUCUUUGGAUGGCAUCGUUAUUGCAUUUUAGGUUUCUUACUUAGUGGCUUUGCGUCUGAGAUUUUGUUCUGUACAUUUUAUAUAGACAGGUUAUAAUUAAGAGGCGAUGCUUUAACUCUUGCCCAUGAUCAACUGUGGCAACAUAGCUAACAAAUCAGAGAAGCCCUCACACACAUCAUCUUCCUUGAUUUCUUGAUUUUAUUAAAAUUCUCUUUAACUUAAACUUGAACAGAUGUCAAAUGAACAAAUAAUUUUAACUGUGAUGCCCUUGCAUGUCAUUCUCAGUAACUUCUGUUGAAAGUAGCUGCUGUCAAAUACAAUAAACAAUUCACACAAUAACAACAUUAGAUUUUUUUUUUUUUUUUUACAAAUUACCUGCAAACGUAAAGAUGUCCAAACUUAAAAAAAGGACAAAAUCUGUUUUAUAUGUGCAGAAGAGGCCAGCAGGAUUAAAUUACAACCACAUCACUAAGUCUUUUACCUAAUAAGAUUUUGCCUUUCUGUACGAGAAUUACCAGCUGAGCUGUUACGUAAACAAAAAAUGAAAACCAAAAUAAAUAAAAUUAGAGAACUGAUGCUCAAACACAGAAACAUGUUAGAUGAUUGAGUUUCAAUCGUGUUGUACCAAAGAGAACAUCUCCGUCUUUAGUUACCUGCAACAUUUUGUUAUAUUUCUUAUUAGUGAUUCAUAAAGGUAGAAUGAGGACAAGUCAAUAUUUGUGAUACUACACUUCUGUAGUAAAUAUUAUACUAGCUUUACGACUCUAUCUGCUGAUGGUUUGACCUUUGAUCACCACCAUGUGCUCUUUACAAAGACAUAUCUGAAUACAUGUCAGGCUGUACAUGGUAUAAUCUAUUUCCUCAGUUUACACUCCUUGCACAUAUAGAGAAGUGCCAGAUAUUUAAAAAAGGUUAUUUAUAAACUGAGAAUUGAUAAAGUGCAAAAUCAUUUUAAAACUCCUGCCUUAUGUAUCCUGGUGUCAUUAGGGCUAUUUCAAAUCUAAAUGUAUCCUUUUUUUGAGAAUUGUACAUGUGUCAUUUGUGGAAUAUUAUUGUGUCUGUAAAGAAUAAAUAUAAUUUAUGCUGUCAAACAUGA